AUGAUUGCGUUACAAAAUCGGCCCAUCUUGCCGCCCGCCAAAGUGGAUAUCUCACUACUACUCAAGCCCCAAGAUGAGGAAGAGGCCGCCCCGGGGAAUCCUACGCCUGUCUAUGCCCCCAGGACACUGCCCGGCCCGCCGCCGCUAGGCAGUGCGGCUCCGAUCUUCACUACGGGCCCGCCGCACCCCGCCAUUGCACCACCAUUGAUCAAGACCGGCCCUGGUGUGCCGGCGAAGCGUCUGCAGCCAGCUCAUACUGCGGAAUCCCCCGCAAAGAAACAGUCCAAAUGGUCGCCUGAAGAGGACGCCUUGAUCAUCGAGCUGCGGGGCAGCGGGAUGAAAUGGGAAGAUAUCAGCAAACGCCUGCCCGGCCGCAGUGCGAUCAGCUGUCGUCUUCACUAUCAGAACUAUCUGGAGCGUCGUAGUGAAUGGGAUGAGGAUAAGAAGAACAAAUUGGCCCGACUCUACGAACGAUUCAAAGCUGAAAUGUGGUCCAAGGUCGCCGAGGAAAUGGCCAUCCCAUGGCGUGCAGCCGAGGCCAUGCACUGGCAGCUGGGAGAGCAAGAGAUGGCUCGCCGCGCAGGCGUGGUGCCCUUCUCUCUCUCGAGCACGGCAAUUGACCCUCCCACCACCCGAACCCGCCGAGCCAGCACGUCCUUAGCUCGCCCUCGAAAAAGUUCAACCUCACGCGCGAUUCCGGGCCAUCUCCCAGGCCUACCACCACAAUUGCCUUCCUUGGAAGAGUUGACAGCGGGCGUCCCCGCCUACGCUCCGCCUGCCCCUCCCCCGCCGAGAGAGUAUUAUCCAGUGGCUCGACCUCCCGAUAUGGGCAUCCCGCCGCCGCCGCCUGGUCUCAUGGGCCCGCAUAUGGGAAUGCCCCCUCGAACACUGCCCUAA